AUGUCAACACCGCCAAGCAAUGGUGGAACUUCUGGAACAAUCGAACCUGUCGGAGCAGCAGCCGUUGUUUCCGUGAAGCUUCCGGAGUUCUGGAAAGCAGAACCAGAAAUGUGGUUCGCGCAAGCGGAGGCACAGUUUAUUUUGGCAAACGUAACGAGGGACGAUACUAAAUUCUAUCAUAUUGUGGCAAAGCUCGAACAAUCGGUGAUAUGCCACAUCACUGACCUGGUAUCCAAUCCACCGCAACAAGAUAAGCACAAGAAAAUUAAAGAGCGUUUGAUUUCUCGGUUCGCACUUUCACCGGAAACACGCCUAGAACGGUUGCUAAGUUCAUCGGAUCUGGGUGAUAUGAGACCGACUCAUCUCCUUGCCAAAAUGCAGGAUUUAGCAGCGGGCUUGAACGUAAAUAAUGAGCUUCUCAAAAUGCUUUUCCUACAACGGAUGCCUCAACACAUUCGCCCGGUUUUGACCAUUAGCGAUGGAACGCUCCCCAAGUUGGCGGAAAUGGCAGACAAAUUGACCGAGUUUCCUCGGGUCGCGUCUGUGUCUUCGGUUCCCACUCCUAUCUCGAAUGCAGUAUCUGAUCAAAUGGAGGGCUUGAGGGAGCAAAUGGAAGUGCUCAGCACGGAGAUCCGGCGCCUGAAGCAAAAUUCUGCUAAUCAUCGUAGAACCCGUUCAACAUCUCGCUCCAGUAACAACAGUACGACAACCGAACUGUGUUGGUACCACCGGAAGUAUGGACAGCAAGCUGAACGUUGA